GUUCUAUAGACGGAAAAUUAUCGAGUUUGUAUUGCAAUAUAGUAGCGCGAAUGGAAUGGAACAGCUCACAGCUGAUAACACUGUACCAAAAUGUCAAUAACAGUCAAUGACGUUUCCUUGUCGAAAAUUAUUGUUUUAUCUACCUUCUUUCUAAAAUGAAUUUAAUAAUUUUGGAACUCGUGGUGAAAUAAUUUAAUGUAACAGUUUAUUCGAAAAUACAAUUAUAAAACGACUUAAUAAAAAAUGACUACGAAAGAACUUUACACGAAGGGUGCCCGAAUAUGGGUGGAGCAUCCAGAAAAAGUAUGGGAGAGUGCUACGGUCACCUCGGACUACAGGUCCGGUGUCCUAAUUGUGAAACUCGAUCAGUCUGGAGAUAUACGACAAAUAAAGAUAACAGAUGAAAAGCAGAUGCCACCCCUGAGAAAUCCAUCUUUACUCAUUGGUCAAAAUGAUCUCACUUCACUGUCUUACUUGCAUGAGCCCGCUGUGCUACAUAACCUUAAAGUCAGAUUCUGCGAUCGUAACGCCAUUUACACAUAUUGCGGGAUUGUAUUGGUCGCUAUCAACCCCUACUAUGAUUUACCGAUUUAUGGCGAUGAGACCAUUAUGGCAUACCGAGGGCAAUCUAUGGGUGACCUUGACCCUCACAUAUUCGCGGUAGCAGAGGAGGCGUAUACAAAAUUAGAAAGAGAGAGGAGAGAUCAAAGUAUUAUUGUGAGUGGAGAGUCGGGAGCGGGUAAAACAGUAUCAGCCAAGUAUGCUAUGAGAUAUUUCGCUGCCGUCGGUGGUAACGCGAGCGAAACACAAGUAGAGAAAAAAGUGCUCGCCUCCAGUCCAAUUAUGGAGGCGAUAGGUAACGCUAAAACAACAAGAAACGACAACUCGUCACGUUUCGGAAAAUUCAUUGAGAUCCACUUCGACAACUCUUACCGGAUAUCCGGGGCUAGCAUGCGGACUUAUCUCCUUGAGAAAUCACGUGUAGUUUACCAGAGCGCGGGCGAGAGAAAUUAUCACAUAUUCUACCAGCUGUGCGCUGCCGGGGUUCAUAUGCCGGAAUUAAGGCUUGAUCACCAAGAUUCUUUUCACUACUUAAAUCAAGGCGGCAGUCCGAAUAUAGACGGUGUCGAUGAUCUCAGAGCAUUUAACGAAACCAGGAAUGCAUUAACCACACUAGGUGUGACAGAGACAGAACAACAGAACAUGUUCACGAUCCUGGCAGCCAUAUUGCAUUUAGGGAACGUGGAUUUUCAUGAAAGUGAUCCCGAUGUUAGCCCAGGACAAGAUGCACCUGAAGAAGGAGCUUAUAUCAGUUCCAGCGACAAACACCUAUCUAUAGUUUGCUCGUUACUCGGGUUAUCGAAAGCGGAGCUAUUAAGAUGGCUGACACACAGACGUAUAGCAUCAGCCCACGAAGUUAUUGUGUCCAGAAUGGAUAUGCAGAGAGCUGUGUUCGCAAGAGACGCGCUAGCGAAGAGGCUGUAUGGAGAACUGUUCGCGUGGUUGGUGCAAGCGGUUAAUAGGGCAUUGGACACUGGACACGCCAAAAAGCACUUUAUUGGCGUCCUUGACAUCUACGGGUUCGAAACAUUUGAAAUUAACUCGUUCGAGCAGUUCUGCAUCAACUACGCCAACGAGAAGCUGCAGCAGCAGUUCAACUCGCACGUAUUCAAGUUAGAACAGGAUGAAUAUAUUAAGGAGGAAAUCUCAUGGAAAAUGAUAGAUUUCUACGACAACCAGCCGUGCAUAGAUUUGAUAGAGGACCGUUUAGGUGUCCUCGCUCUACUAGACGAGGAGUGUAGAGUCCCACAGGGUUCCGAUCAUGGAUUCGUUGCGAAAUUACAUGACAAAUGCGCAAAAUAUCCACACUUUAUGAAGCCACGCUUUGGGAAUGCUGCCUUCAUAAUAAAACACUUCGCCGACAACGUGGAGUACCAAUGCGGUGGUUUCCUAGAGAAGAACCGAGACACAGUGUCAGAGGAGCAAUUAGAGUGUAUUCGAUCAGCGACGUGUUGCCGUCUCAUUCACACUAUGCUUCAACCGGAUAGAGCGAUAGAGCAAACGUCCACGUUGCCGCCUCCGUCCCGAAGAAGAACUACUCCGUCCGUGCCGGUAGCGAGUUUGACGCAACCUCCACGGCGGGCUUCGGGACAGAAGCAAACGGUGGGUUCACAGUUCCGCGCUUCGUUAUUCGCACUGAUGGGUACACUGUCUGCCACCACUCCGCAUUACGUGCGAUGUAUAAAACCUAACGAUACUAAAGAAGCGUUCCAGUUCCAUCCGGCGAGAGCUGUUAACCAACUGAGAGCAUGCGGUGUAUUGGAGACUAUAAGAAUAUCAGCAGCGGGCUUCCCGUCGCGAUGGCUUUAUCAAGACUUCUUCCACAGAUAUCGCCUUCUCUGUCUCCAUAAGGAGAUCGACCGCGGCGACAUCAAAGGCACGUGUAGACGGAUUCUCGCAAAGCAUUUAAAGGACCCCGAUAAAUAUCAGUUCGGCAAAACUAAGAUAUUCUUUAGGGCUGGUCAGGUGGCUUACUUAGAAAAAAUUCGCGCCGACAUACAACGUCUAUACUGCGUUAGGGUUCAAAGUUGCGUGCGUCGAUUCGUCGCUCGGCAGAAAUAUUUGCGUCUCACGAAAGCGCUCAGAGGACUUCAAGCGAGAGCGAGAGGAUUUUUGGCCAGACGGAAAGCGCAAGAAGUACGUCGCAAUCGUGCCGCUAUCAAACUCCAGAAGAAUAUACGCGGUUGGUUAGCUCGCGUCAAGUAUCAGCGAUUGCGUAAACUCGCUAUUGGAAUACAAGCCGUUGGUAGAGGAUACUUGGCCAGAAGGCUAUAUCGGGAUAGAAGGAGGAUUAAAGCGCUUAUUGAAAUACAGAGAUUUGCUCGCGGCUAUAUCGCUCGACAGAAAGCAAAGCAGAUAAGACGACAGAUCGUCAUAGCACAGGCGGCUGUGCGUCGUUUCCUCGCUCGUCGCCAGUACAAACGUUUACGUAUAGAAGCUCGCAGCCUCGAUCACGUCAAAUCACUCAACAAGGGUCUGGAGAACAAGAUCAUCAGCUUGCAACAGAAACUGGGCACAGCCCUCGAGCGGGCUAAAGGCAUAGAACCAUUGCAGCAACAGAUCGUCGAACUCAGAGCAAAACUGGAAGUUUUAAAGUUAGUAGAAAUCGAGGCUAAAGCUUUGAAGGUUGGUAACCAUGACAAGGAUAAUCUGAUAGCCGCCCUUCAAGCAGAGUUGACAAAAGAGAAGGACAGUAAUAAACGCCUAAUAGAAGAGAAAGAGGAGAUAGAGAAGGCUUACAAGAAAGAGAGAGAAGAGUGGCAAGCGGAGAGUAAGAAACUGGAAGAGGAAUUGAGAAGUAAUAAAGAACAUUAUGACAUGGCUAUUGAAGAACGUGAUAAACAGCAUGAAUUGGAGAAGAAAACUUUAUGCGAAGAACUGGAAGCGGAAAGACAGAGUCGUCAAAAAUUAUUAUCCUCACAAUACGAAUUACAAGAGAGAUACGAUUCAUUGCAGAGAGCUCCACCUACCAAAGAACAUAGGAGAUCUUUGUCUGAUGCCAGCAACAAUUCUCAGCAAGAAACCACGGUGGAAGAUGAUUACGGGUAUGGUUCGGUGAGAUCUGUGGAGAGCACUCGACCUGCGCUAGAAGCCGUCAACUGGUCGGCAGGCUCACACAAUGGACCUGUGCCGAUCGCUGACGCGGGAUUGGUAUUGAGAAUGCAGAACAGAAUAUCAGCGUUGCAGAGCGAAUUGUCUAGAACGGCGAAACGUGCUAAUGACUUGGAAGAACGGCUCCUGAAUCGCCUCUCGUCACCUCCGUCAAAUCCUAACAUCGACCGUUUCAAGGUUGAAGAGUUGGAGAUAGAGAACAAGAAGCUUCGAGAACAUUUAGACCGACUGAGAGCAGCCGGUGAUAGUUUACUUGUAUCCAAAGAAGUUAUCGACCAACUGGGUGUAAUGCAACAAGAAUUGGACCGAAGACGUGACGAAUGCAUCCAAUUGAAGAGCGUACUCACAAAUCAGACGGUGAACCUAAAGUCGCUUGCUACUUCAAACUACGGCUCAGACGUGGAUAUUAUCAACGAAGACGGAGAAUUGGCGUCGGCAUACGAAGCACAGAAGGGCAUCAACAGACAACUACAAGAAGAGCUGACAGCAGAAAAGAAAUUCUAUUCGGAGCACAUAUCUAAGACUAAAGCAGAAAUUGACAGACUUCGAGAAGAAAAUGAGAAAUACCAGAAAUUGCUGAGUGCUGAUCUCAGUCAGGAACCCAAGAACAAAAACCAGGAGUUCGCACAGAAUGAAAUCAUUCGAUUGGCUGCAGAAAGCUUGGCAUUACAGGAACGCGUCGACAAGCUUUCGGAGAGUUGCCGCCGGUACAAGAACCAGAUAAGACUUUUGGUUAACAAACUAAAGGAGGUCGGUGUGGAAGAUGUCAAUGAUAUCCUGGAGAGUAAUGAUACAGUGGUAGCAGUGAAUUCAUCGUUGCCUCUAGAAGUCGCGCCAGUCACUCGUAAGAAGGAGCGCGAAUACCUCGGAAUGUUCGAGUACAGGCGGCAAGAUGAGCCUACUAUCAUCAAGAAACUUAUAACUGAUCUGAAGCCCAAAGUGGCAGUAACUCUUCUCCCUGGACUUCCCGCAUACAUUUUAUUCAUGAUGUUACGUCAUACGGACCAUGUAGACGAUGAACCUAAAAUGCAUCAGCUGAUGAAAGCUGUGCGUAUAGCAGUCAAGAAAACGGUCAAGAAGAGGAGCGACAGCGUCGAGUAUAACGCUCUGUGGCUAGCCAAUAUGCUUAGGUUACUGAACAACCUGCGUCAGUACAGCGGCGACGAGAUGUACCAGGUGUCUAAUACGCCGCGUCAGAACCAACAGUGCUUGCGCAUAUUCGAUCUGUCCCAGUACCGGCAGGUGGUCAGCGAUUGCGCCGUCUGGAUAUACCAGGGUCUGGUCCACCUGCUGGAGCGUCAGCUGGAGCGUUUGAUCGUGCCCGCGAUCCUGGAGCACGAGGAGAUCAAGGGUCUGUCGGGGCCUGCGCGGGCGCCGCCCGCCGCCCCCGCGCCCGGCCCCGCCCGCCUCAAGCAGGAGCUCUCCAACACUAGUGACGUACUGCGGCAGCACGCCGUCGCCCCACCCCUGGCCCUCAACAUAUUCAAACAGUUAUUCUACUACAUCUGCGCGUACAGCCUAAACCAGCUGUUGCUUCGCAAGGACUUGUGUUGUUGGGCAAAAGGACUCCAAAUCAGAUAUAACAUCUCCCACCUGGAGACCUGGAUCAAGGAACACCUGGCGGAGUACGGCCAGAAGAGCGUUGAAGAGAUCCUUGGAGUUCUGAAGCCGAUAACACAGGCCGUCCAAUUGCUGCAAGCUCGCAAAUCCAUGGCAGAUGUGCAGAGCACAGUCGACAUGUGUUCAGAUCUUACUGCUAUGCAAGUCUGCAAGAUCCUGAACAUGUACACUCCAGCGGAGGAAUACGAGGUGAAAGUGACGCGGGAAUUCAUACAUGAGAUACAGAAGAAGAUGCAGGAGAAGGCGGGACCAAACGCCGACAAGGAACCACAAAAUCUUUUGAUGGACUCCAAAAUGAUAUUCUCCGUACAAUUUCCGUUCGACCCAUCUCCCAUCCGCCUGGAGGCUAUCGAAUUGCCUGAAGUGCUCGAGUUAGAUGGAUUACUCGUCAAGAUAUAAACCAACGGUCAAGUGAGACAUGUUACGCUACAAGGACUGUUUUGUUUUUUAUUCAUCAUACGUUUAAAGUAAAAAGUGUUCUAUAAUCUGUUCUAAUGCCGGUGAAUAAAAUGAACAAUGGCUAAGUAUGUUGAGGGUAAACGAUAAAUUUGGCUAUCCAUAG